AGGCUUCGAGGGGCUCCCGUUUGGAGACCAGCUAUUUCUGCUCUCCCGUCCCAGAGCCCGUGAAAUAAGAAUGUCGUCUGAUUCGAGCAAGAAGAGGAAACCCAAGGUCAUCCGCACUGACGGGGCCCCCCAGGAGAGCAAGCGGGGCAGGGUGGACCCUGAUCAGGAUGUGAAGUAUUACAGUGAGGAGGCGGAGGUGGAACUCCGAGAUCCCAGCAAAGACUAUGAACUGUACAAGCAAACCUGCCAGGAGCUUCAGAGGCUCAUGGCAGAAAUCCAGGAUCUGAAGAGCAAAGGCAGCAAAGACAGCGUAAGAAGGAGCUUUUCUCCCGAGCCCUUUCAAACACUUUCUGCUGCUGCGCGAAAGCAGUGGGUUGGGAUCCAGAGCUGCAUGCACUUCAUGACCCUGAAGAAACUCAACCGUCUGGCUCAUAUUCGGCUGAAGAAGGGGCGAGAUCAGACCCAUGAGGCAAAGCAGAAGGUAGACGCCUAUCACCUGCAGCUCCAGAACCUACUCUACGAGGUGAUGCAUCUGCAGAAGGAGAUCACCAAAUGCCUGGAGUUUAAGUCAAAGCACGAGGAGAUUGAGCUCGUGAGCGUGGAUGAGUUUUACAAAGAGGCUCCUCCAGAAAUCAGCAAGCCCAACAUCACCCUCAACGAGCCCCACCAGCAGACCCUGGCCCGCCUUGACUGGGAGCUGGAGCAGCGCAAAAGGCUGGCGGAGAAGUACAAGGAGUGUCUGGCCAGCAAGGAGAAGAUCCUGAAGGAGAUAGAAGUGAAGAGGGAAUAUCUGAGCAGCCUCCAGCCCCGGCUCAACAGCAUCAUGCAGGUACUUCUGGGCAGGGGCUGCCUGCGAGGUGUGCCCCCAGCUGGGGGAGCGAGGUGGCGUAGGGCUGGGGCGCGGGUAGCGAGGGGACGGCGCUGCCCCUGCUGCUUCACCUGCACUUCCUGAUCCUCCUUGAGGUUU